UCCGUCUUCUUCAAGAUUUCUAAAGAAAACCAGUUAGCAACGUCAAUCAGCAACACUCGUUUCUAUUCUUUUUCCUCCUCUUUCUGAGACGAUAAUCCUCUAAGAUCCUCCGAUUCCUUACCGUUCACCCUCUGAAUCAUUUCCCAUUUCUGAUUUCCUCACUCGAACCAUCCCUUCUUCUCGAAGGUUUGAGAGAGUUCGGAGAGGAGAAAAGGAUAUGGCCGAAAAUGCGAAUGUCGAGUGUGACUGCAUGUUCAAGAUCGUGUUGAUUGGGGACGCCGGUGUCGGUAAAUCCAACAUUCUCGCUAGGUUCACUAGAAAUGAGUUUUGCAUGGAGUUCAGGCCCAACAUUGGUUUCGAGUUCGCAUCGAUGAUGCUACAGGUGGAAGGAAAGAUGGUUAAGGUACAGAUAUGGGAUACAGCCGGUCAAGAACGGUCCCGGGCCGUAACUAGUGCAUACUAUAGGGGAGUGGUUGGCGCGCUCCUUGUCUACGAUAUAACCAGGAGGGAAACUUUUGACAACAUCCAGAGAUGGCUUCGUCAACUGAGGGACCGUGCCGAUUCUAACAUUGUGAUCAUGCUGGCCGGUAAUAAGUGUGACCUGAAUCACGUUAGAGCUGUGCAAAGGGAGGAAGGUGAGGCUUUGGCAAACGUAGAGGGCCUUCUGUUCCUAGAGACUUCCGCAUUAGAUGCGACGAACAUCGAGAGAGCGUUCCAGGCAAUUUUGACCCAGAUUAACCAUAUCAAGAGGCUAAGGGCAUUAGCAGCUCGUGAAACUGUUGCCGCUGCUUCCCCUCGUGAUCGAGGAACCACAAUCAAUGUUGCUGAUGCAUCAGGAUUAAGAAAUAGGAUAUGGUGUUGUUCCAUUUGAAGGUGCCCGCCAUCAAGAUUAACACGGAAGGACU